AUGAAGGCCAAGCUCAAGGGUGCCGAGACAGGCCACAACUUGCUGAAGCGCAAGAGUGAGGCUCUGACAAAGCGAUUCCGAGAGAUUACCCGCCGAAUUGACGAGGCGAAGCGCAAGAUGGGCCGUGUGAUGCAGAUUGCGGCCUUCUCGCUGGCUGAGGUGACGUACGCCGUCGGUGGCGACAUUGGCUACCAGGUGCAGGAGUCGGCGCGGUCUGCACGGUUCCGCAUCCGCGCCAAGCAAGAAAACGUCUCUGGUGUGCUCCUACCGGCGUUUGAGAGCUUCCAGACUGAGGGCAAUAACGACUUUGCCAUGACGGGCCUAGGCAAGGGUGGCCAGCAAGUGCAGCGGUCUAGGGAUACCUAUGCAAGGGCCGUCGAAGCUCUCGUUGAACUGGCCAGUCUACAGACCGCAUUUGUUAUUCUGGACGAGGUCAUCAAGGUGGUCAACCGAAGAGUCAACGCCAUCGAGCACGUUAUCAUUCCUCGUACUGAGAAUACGAUCAAAUACAUCAACUCUGAGCUGGACGAGCUCGACAGAGAAGAGUUUUAUCGACUCAAGAAGGUUGCCGGCAAGAAGCAGCGAGACACAGCCGCUGAGGAUGAAGAGCUCAAGGCUCGGAAAGAGACUUUGCAAGCAGCCAGGGGCGCUUCUGGUGGCGGCAAGAAGGAGAAAGACGGCGAGCCCUCGGAUCUGCUGGCCGAAGGCGACGACGACGUUAUUUUCUAG